AUGUUUCUGAAUCUACGGAGUCUUGCGAUCUUUGUCGCUGUUGGCGCGGAGUUUGCCGCUGCGGCGUGGACUAAUGUCACGGCCGAGUCGGCUUGGGCUGCUAUGAACCCGGGCUGGAACUUGGGCAAUACGCUCGAUGCCAUUCCGGAUGAGACGUCGUGGGGAAACCCUCUGGUUACCGCGACCCUCCUCGACUCCAUCAAAGCCGCCGGAAUCAACUCUAUCCGUCUCCCCGUAACCUGGACCGACCACUUCUCCUCGCAGGCCCCCGACUACCUAGUCACCACCGCCUGGAUGGACCGCGUCGAACAAAUAACCAACUGGUCUCUCGAGCGCGGGUUCUGGGUGGUCCUCAACGUCCACCACGACAGCUGGCAAUGGGCCGACAUGUCAUCCGACACCGAUCUUGACCUCAAGAUCGCCAAGUUCGAGGCGCUGUGGAAACAGAUCGCGGCUAGGUUCAAGGACAAGAGCGAGAAGCUGAUCCUGGAGUCGCUGAACGAGCCCCCAGGAUCGACCCAGGCCCAUGCCGAAAGGUACAACGAUCUCAAUCAGAGAUUCGUCAACAUCGUCCGCGCGUCCGGCGGCAACAACGGCAAGAGACUCCUCACCCUGCCGGGUCUGGCCACAAACAUUCAGAAGACUGUGGACUGGUUCACGGUCCCGACCAAUGCGGCGCCGUACAUCUUGCACGUGCACGAUUACGACCCGUGGGAUUUCGUCUCGACCUCCUGGGGACGUACCUUCUGGGGAACGGCCGCCGACAAGCAGGCGAUCGAGGACACCUUCAUCGCCCUUCAGAACCGCUUCCACGCACCCGCACUGAUCGGCGAGUGGGGACUGACCGGCAAAUCCGUCGAGAAUGCGGCUGGCUGGGUCUACUUCGACUUCUUCGUCCGCACCAGCCGAGCCUACAACCUGACCGCGCAGCUGUGGGACAAUGGCCUCGACCACUUCGACCGCACCACGCUGACGUGGCGCGACCCCGUCAAGGCGGACAUCAUCCAGAAGGCUGUCAAGGGCAUCUCCAACUCUCUCCCGGCGUACGACCAGACUGCGGCGCUGUACUUCAAGUCGGGAGCCACCCUCGCGGCAACAAACAUCAACCUGGUGUUCAACGGUAACACCAUCAGCUCCGUCGUCAACGCCUCCGGCAUGACCAUGAAGAAGGGCACCGACUACACCGUCACCACCGCCGGCAUCACCAUCUCAAAGGCAUACCUGACCACCGCGCUCUCCGGCAGUACCCUCGGCGUGCGCGACACCCUGACGAUAAAGUUCUCAGCGGGCAUCUCGCUCCCCUUCGAGCUGCGCCUAUACACCACCCCCACCCUUGGGCAGACAUCGUACACGCUAUCCUCCACUACAGACCUCUCGAUCCCGUUCGACGGCAAGGGCAGCACGCUCGCCACGGUCAAGGCGCUCCGCGCCGACGGAACCUACCUGAAGGAGGACUGGACGCAGUACCUGGGCGAUCUGCAGAAGGCCCGCAUCAACUGGGGCGACUUUGACGUUUCCGGCACUAACAUCGUCCUCUACGCCGCCCUGCUGAGCACUAUCCAAGCCACUGGUCAGGCCGUCACCCUCACGUUCGAAUUCUGGCCCAGGACUGUGGCGAACAAUGUUACCGCUAUUAUCUCCUUCGCCUAG